AUGCUAAAAGAAAAUGAGAUUAUAUCUCGAGCGCUUGUUACUAUUGACAACUUCAAGGGAAGUCUAAAGGCAUUUAAAUCAUCUAUUACUGAUGGGGGGUACACUCAACUCCACAUGCCCAAUUGUUUUUCCCGAACAUUGGUGUGGAAAGUAUGUUUGAUCACAGACAGUUUCAAGAUCAGUACCUGGGAAUCCAAACUCAACGAUUCCAGAGUUGUUUUUGACCAGCUAAUCAGCAGAGAUGAUAUGAAAUUACCUUGGAACAAACUUGAUCUGGACAGCGUAUUCUAUCAUUCUGGGGAUUUGUCCAGAAAAUCGAGUAUAACAAGGAAACUGUCAUCACGGGAUUCAAAAGGGUUACAUAAGGUGUCACUUCUUAGAGUAAACACUACAGAGGAUCCAUUGUCUUCAUCAGCUCAAUUGCUGGGUUAUGUCAACACCGGUGACGAUCUUGAGUUGCUUCAAACAAUCAUACUAGAUAUCGAUCGUUUAUUUCCUGGCGAAGACUUUUUCAGCGAAUCCAAUAAAUAUUCCAUUCAUCGCAAAAAACAAUUGAUUGAGAUACUAUAUUUAUGGUCAAAGUGUAACCCUCAAGUCGGGUACAAACAGGGUUUACAUGAAAUCUUGGGGUUGAUAUACAUGAACUUGUCACAAGAAUCUGUGGAUAUUUCUCAGACAAACACGUUUUCUAGCGAUGACAUGAAAAUACUCAGUCUUUACAAUGUUCACUACUUAUGUCAUGACGUUUUUACAAUAUUCAACAAAUUUAUGUUACAGAGUGGUAAUAUAACACAUUUUUAUGCAAGCGAAGAUGCAUUGUGGAAAUCAAUUGAAAAUUUCAACGUUUAUUUGAUGAAAAUUGACCAAUUCAUUCAUUAUACCUUAAACACAAAGCUAAACUUAGAACCCCAAUUAUGGAUAAUCAGAUACCUAAGAUUAUUGUUGCUACGCGAAUUAGGAAGUGAUUUGGAAACCACAAUGUUGUUGUGGGACAAAUUGGUAUCACUACAAUUACCGAUAAAUCUGGGAAACAGUAUUUCUUCAAUUCCUGACAUAUUAAACUUUAUGAUCAUUCAGUUGCUUAUACAAGUCAAAACAGACAUAUUAUCAAGCGAUUUCAGCGAAUGCUUAUCAAUAUUGUUGCAUUAUCCAUUUAAACCCACAACUCAGAUAGAAAAACACGAGUUUGUGAAAAAACUAUUCAAAGAUGCAGUAAAGCUUUAUGAGAAGCGAAACGAUGAUUUAAAACUUUAUGAGUAUGGUAUACGGUUAAACAAUAGAUACAAUCCAAAUUUGAAAAUUCUCAUGAAUUAUACAAACGGUGAAAGAAGCAGUACCGAGUCAGUGAACUCCAGUCGUGCUGCUAGUCCAGCACCUGGCAGCAAUCCUCCACCUACUUCUGCACCACCAUCACUUUCUAGCUCACGUAAUGACAAUAUGAAAUUUGAAAAGAUGAGAUUAGAAAUGAGACUAAAGAAAAAAGCUCAACUGAUGAUUAACCCUAAGUAG